GAACCGAAACGUAUCAGUGCUUCAAACGUGUUCUAAUCAUCUAUUCUAAUAGAAAAAAGUUAUAAUUCUUCAUCAAAAAUGAAAGUGGUAAUCUUGUUAUUUGUUGCUGUUGCUUUCGCUGCUCCCCAAUACGAUAGAGAUGCUGUUGUUCUAAGAAACGAUUUUGAUAACAUUGGUGUCGAUGGAUAUAAUUAUGCUUAUGAAACUAGUAAUAGAAUUUCGGCUCAAGAACAAGGCCAAUUGGUGAAUCCGGGUACUGAUAAUGAAGCGAUUGCUGUUAGGGGACAAUACUCCUAUUUAGGUCCAGAUGGUGUUACUUACACGGUGACUUACAUUGCUGAUGAAAACGGUUUUCAACCACAAGGAGCUCAUUUACCGAGAGCGUAAUAAAACAAUAAAAAGGAUUUGGAAGAUAUUGUGAAAUAACUAAAGUUACUACAGCCUAUCCAAAAUGAAAAUAGAUUAUUUUUAACUUU